GGACGCCGGACUUUCCGGAGACACACAUGCACAGGGUGAAUAUGCAUACCCUAUGCAGAAAGAUCCUGGGCAGGCGAACCAUGCCCCAAGCUGGAGCAGAGCCAAGCGUCCAUCGGCCUGUCUGCAUUAUCCUUGGAAUCCUUGUGAUUAUCCUUGGAAGUGUGGGAAAGCUUGGGGAGGCCGCCGUAACUUUUCCUCCCCUGCUAACAAGAUCUCAGUGGACUUUGAGCAAAGCCAGGAGGCUUACAGGAGCAAAGACUCAUUAAAGCUGCUCAGAAGUUUGGUGGUGUUUCAUCUUUGUUCCUAUGACAUCCUGGUUGAUAACAAUAAAGAGAUCCAGAAAAAAGGGAAAAAAUAAAAUCUUGGCCAGAAGGUUUUUAAUAAGCUCAUGAAGAUGAUUGGCCAGUUUGUUGCCUGGGACGAUCACAUAUCCAUCAAACCUCUGAUCCAGAUGAACCAGGCUUUUGGCAUAGGCUCCAUCCUGGUCUACAAUGCAGUGGAAGACAUCAGCCCCAAAGAAGAAAAUCUGAAGGAGGAAUCGUCAACCUCAGCAGGGCAUUUAAAAAGCCUCGGCGAGGGUUACAGAGAGAAAAACUAUGAAGGCAAGCGGUUCGGUGGGAAUCAAGAGGAAGUGAUCGGAGCCUGCAAAUAUCUUGCUGAUGAAACUAAAUGUAUGUCAAAGCUUCUGGUGUGUGCCCGUUCCAUAGGAGGGAGUUCCAUGGAUUGUUUUUCUGCAGUUAAAAUGACUGCUCUAGGACAACACCAUUUUCUGCUCCAUUUCUCGGAGGUCCUCAUGAAACGGCAGCAAUUUUUCAAAUUCCUGGCAUCUCAGCAGGGCAAAGAUGCGAUGAAGGCCUUGGAGCAGAGGAUGGAGCUCUGUUUUUUGGUAUUACAGGAAUUGAUGAUCAAACUGGGUGCAAAAGGUGACUUCCAUGGCUGGUUUAUGUAAGAAAAGGGAGAAUCAGAAGUCUGGAUACAUGAUGAUGGGCUAAUAUCAUGCUGUUAUCCUUUCAGUCUCUUCUUUCUUUUUCCACAGCUCAGUAAACUAGAGCCUGUGCUGCAAAUGUUCACAGUAGAGGAUGAGAAACAAUUAAAGAGGACCUUGCAGCGCCUUGAUGUACUUGCAAAGUUUUCAUUAGAAAAUAGUAUUUAUUUAAGUGAUAAAGAGCAAGCCUAUUUCCAACCAGCAAUCAGCAAACUUAUGUUGGAUUCACAGAGGAUAUACAACAUAGAAAAGGCGGUUACUUUCAACACCUACCAGUGCUCCUUAAAGGAAGCCUACAAUAAAGUAGCUAUGGAUGUGGAACUGUCUGAAAGGGUGGGUGGGUGUUUUGCUGCUAAGCUGAUGUGUUGAGCAUACAUGUUUCAGGAGCAAGAGAGAGCAAAGAAGUUGCAAUACGAGGAGCUUAUUAACCCUGACUAUGGAUCUACCAGCAGGAUGUACUACAGGUGCUUGUACUAUGUGCUUGAUGAGAUUGCUCUUAACAGAAAGGCCAAUGUUAUGGUUGCUUCUCAUACUUAAAAAAAAACACUAAUACACCCUAAUAAGCUGGGUCCAUUACCAACAGAGAACAAGGUGUUCUUUGGUCAACUACUGGGCAUGUGUGAUCAGAUCAGCUUCCCACUGGGCCAGGCAGGUUUCUCCGUCUACAAGUAUUUCCCCUUUGGGCCGGUGAGUGAGGUGAUGCCCUACUUGUCCCAGCGGGCACGGGAGAACCAAGGCUUUUUUGAAAGGGCCCAAAAAGACCGGCUGUGGAAUCAGCUGAAACUUAUACUUGUCUCUGGGGGGCUUCUCUACAGACCGGUGUACUGAAGACAGUAGAAGCAGAGGCCCGAGAGGAGAGUUUGUCAGCUUUUUCAGGGUUUUUUUUUUUUCUUUACUAAGCAGUAGAUACCAUGAACCAUUCUCUCUAGCUUGAUAACUACUAUUGAUGCAGCUGUCUGCUCCAACUUUCCCUUUGUGCAUUUUCUGUUUUACAGUGCCCUGUAGUUCUUCCUAAUAAAGUUCCAUGGACUGUG